GGGGGGCAUUUCCAGUAUGGUUCUGAACACUGUUAAUUAUUUUGGCAUGACCUGAAGAGAUAUGCACCACAAUGACACGACACACACUGCGCAGCUCUACUUUCCCCCCUUACAAGUGACGAAUCGAUUCCGGUGUCGACGAAUCUGUAGGCUAUCUAUGGGCUCGGAGCAAGAGCACUUGCGAAACGGCCAUCCGUCAAACUUGGUCCGUGGCAGAUAUGUUCUACCAAAGGGGUACUCUAACGACAUGACGAUCCGGAUGCCAACAUGCUGUGGUCAACCCAUUCCAUAAACCUUUUGUCGGUUCCACUUCCACGAGGGACCAUGGCGAAGACAACGGAAACGUCAAAAAUGGGCUUUCCCAGUAUGUUCCGAGCCAUAUGCAUAUCAACGUACUACGGCGUUGUCUGAUCGCGCACUCCGAAGUUUUUUCUCUCUCAAAUGAACUUCCAUUACACGUCUAUGGAAUCACUCGGUUACGUUCUGAAACUUUCGAAGAAGCCUUCACGGCCGUUUUCUGUUUCUGUAUCUGUAUUCCACUCCACUCCACACCGCCCUCUAGCUUCUAUUUUCGUGCUAUCCGCUACUACACCCCCCAUGCUGCGCAUCAGAUUCUAAGCCUGGUUAGAGCUUGAAGAGGAAGGAUGGUUUACCCCAGUGAACGGACCCCUUGACGACUCGGCCACUAUUCAAUAGCUGAUAUGAGGAACACCAUGAUCUUGACAAUACAGACCCAACUCCCGAUAUCAUGCGAUGAUAAGAUCACGAUGUUCCGUCGACCAAGGUAUAGUAUAUCUCACCGCCGUUUUGAUCGUGAUAAGCCUCAUCUGAGGUGCUUCUCAGAUAGCGCUUUUACAGCAGAGUAUGCCCUCAUAAGCUCAUAAGUAUCGUAUAGAGUGUGUAAGUAUGUACUAGUACUAUGUAGUACGAAACGUCGGCUUGCUCGGAUGUUCUGAAUCCUCAGCGACUUGAAGGUGCUGGCGUUUCCCCCGGAUACUUCCAUUGGCAUCUAUACUAUUGUAUCUCCAUACUUGGGUCACCUUCAUAACGCAUUGAUACCCGUCGUGAUGACCGUGUCAAAGAUCCAAGAACAUCCCGGAGCGCCCACUGGCCACUUACCAAAACAGACCCUUUGUCUAUCUACGAUCACUCUCGUUUCUCUCAAGGCCCUCGCGGCACUCCGCGGUGCUAUUCAUUAUACUGUAUUGAACAGGUACUCAUGUGUAAGCAGGGUGGAUACUUAUACUUUAUGGAGUUGUGGCAGCACUCAACUCUGUGAUACUGAUAACUCGCGUAGCUG